UACGUCGCUCAUUUAUAAACCAGUCUCAAGCAUGUUUAUUGCCAGCAAUGUGAAUCGGACUGUAGUAGCGAAUGAAAAUGGCUAAUUGUCAGGCUUAUUGGUGCAGCAGGUGAGCUAUUGAUUGUUGUCAAAUAAUAAGUGGUCGGUGCAGCUAGGUAUGACAGUAACAGGACGUCCUGACGAUGUGAGUUGCGCGCUAGUGAGAAAAAAGUGCUGGUUACGUGCCGCCGAAGAAGGUAAAGAGGCUCCUUGGCAAGUACCAUAGGAAUCAUCAUCAUUUGGGGCUGGCUGAAUCAAGAGAAUACCUCUUUGGGGAAAAUUUUGUGCUAAGAUUAUUGGAGCUCGAUAUUAUGGCUUCUGGUGCGUCUUCCUUGGACAGUGCUGGAAGUAGUGAUGGGGCACUCAAUAUGGAACGAGAUAGUGGAGGCUAUGGCAGUGUUGGAAGUCCUGUUGGGGGUCCUGAGUGCCGUAGCGACUACGAAGGUUUGCAGGCACAAUGCGACCAGGCGAUGCAUCAACUGCAGCUACUUAGACAUAAGCACUCCGACACAAUUCGACGGUGUGAGCAUACUAUGAAGGAGUUGGAGUACUAUCGGGGACAACACAUAGCAGUCAUGAAUCAGCUGGAGGCAACCUCCCAAGAAAGUGCCGCAUUGCGCGGGAAGUACUCAGACCUGGCAAACGACAAGCAGAGGCUCGACCGCGAGGUGCAGGCCCUGCAGAAGGAGGUAACUGAGUUAAGGUGUCAGAAUCAAGAGGUUCUUGUGUCCGAUGCUAGUAAUGCAGAUGCAAUGAACCAGCAUUACCUUUCUGCAUUGAGGAAGUACGAAGCCAUUAAGGACGAGUACGAUUCUCUAAGGAAACGAUACGACGAUCUUAUAUCAUCGCAUUCCUCAGCGGUGAACAAGUUGGAAUUAGCACAAGAGGAAGCUGCUAGAUUAAAGAAACAGUGCGAUGAAGUGGCCCAGGAACGUAAUAGCGCUGUUCGCGAAAGGAAUGGAUUGAAGCAGCAAUGUACAGCUGCCAUCAGACAAUGGGAUAUAGCACUGCGUGAACGUAAUGAGUAUCGUGAAGCACUUGCCAAGGUACAACAACAGCAUGAGGAAGCUGUCAAGGAGAUAAACCAGGCAAUGGUGUUGCGUAUGAAGGCUAGCAAAGACAUGAAACGACUGACUGAGGAGAGGAACGCCGCUCUGCAGGAGUACAGUUUAAUUAUGGGCGAGAGGGACACGGUGCAUAAGGAAAUGGAAAAACUAGGAGACGACCUGACCCAAGCUUACGCUAAAAUCACGCAUCUGGAAAAUCAGAAUAAACAGUUUGUCGAGGAGAAAAAGACUCUCUCAUAUCAGAUAGAAACUUUGAGACGUGAAAUCUCGUCAGCGCUGCAUGAUCGUGAUGAGGCUCUCAAGGAGUGCAACGACUUGCGUCAGAAGUUCGGCGACUAUUCCGAAGGUUCCAGCAGGGAUUACAAGAAUCGCCUGGAGUUACACUCGUAUAACAGAGAACGUGACAAUUCCAGCAAAGAGGCAGAGCGCGAAACGAAUACGAGGGACUAUGCGAAGCGAGAAAAGGAGCGAAUGGACAAUCUCGACCAGGCUAAUCUGGAGCUAGACAAAUUGCGUAAAUCCGUGGACACGCUACAAGCGGAACUCGAGGAGGCUAUUCAGGAAGCUGAGGUAUCUAAGCGUAGGAGAGACUGGGCCUUCAGCGAACGCGACAAGAUUGUUUUAGAGCGCGAGAGUAUCCGCACCCUUUGCGAUCGUUUGCGGAAGGAACGUGAUCGUGCCGUAUCCGAUCUUGCUGGCGCCUUAAGGGACUCUGAUGAUAUAAAGAAGCAACGAAACGAAGCAUCGAAGGAGCUCAAAGAUCUCAAGGAAAAGAUCGAGUCUGGUGAUCAUGCCCUGAGGUCAAGUCAAUACGGCCAGGGUUUGUCGCACAGUCAUGAUUCUGCUAUUGAUACAGAGGUUACUGAAUGGGAUGUAAUCACAAUACACCUGGAUCUUACUAGAUUAUGUUUGGAUACGGAUCGGGAUCUUGGUUUCGUUCUAGUCGGUGGUAGGGACGAUCCUCAGUAUCCUAACGAUACUGGAGUCUACGUUGCUCAGGUGACACAAGGCAGUGUUGUUGACGGCAAGCUCAGGGUUAAUGACUGUAUUAUAAGGGUGAAUAAUGUUGACUGUACUUCUGUGUCUACGAGGAUGCUCUUGGAGACGCUGCGAGCUAGUACUAUCAGUCCUGCCACUUUGACUGUCAGAAGAAGACGUUUGAGCAGAAGAUCUUUGAGGACUACUCAGAUUCCAGUGAGCUCCGUUCCCCAUGGCAUCGCACUGGAGCUUGGAAUUUAUAUAUCCAAGAUUUCACCAGGAAGUUUAGCCGCCAAGGAAGGAAAUCUUGCCGUAGGAGAUAGGGUUUUAAACAUCAACAGCAAACCGAUGGACGGUAUUAAUUCUGCUCACGAAGCCAUGACGAUUCUAAAUGACAACUCUACGGAUGUUUUGACAAUUACCACCCUGAAGGGAAUACCUUUGCCGUCGGCGAACACUGAAGCCAUCUCCAUGGACAGUAACUUUAAUCCAGAGAAACAGAAGAUGGUGAACAGUUGCUCGCAGACGGAACAGGAACGGAUGAUGCUGAAGACGACACAAUCAGAUGACUACGACCGGCGAUACAUCACAUCGAACUUCGGUGAUCGGAGCGUCUAUAAGGUGUCUAAAUCGACGAGCGGGGAGAAGCCUAGCGGUAUCAGCAACGCCUGGGACAACAUACGUGAGAAGAUCGAUAUAGUGCGAGGACGUAGGCACAGCAAGGAUAGGGAAGACAAGAAAAAAAGACACCGGAAUUCUAGUCCCAAUACAUUUGAGCAAGAGCAGGACGCUAUUGCUGAACUGGAUUCUGUAAUAGAGAGUUAUCACAAGAAGACAAAUAAUGGCGUACUGAAACGUAGCAAACGACGGGGUGAGAAGGUGGAGAAGAAUGGCGGCACCUGGCCGAAGGCAAGAGGGGGUCCAUUGAUACAAAAUGGCACGGGUACAAUUUUGCAUCCCCGAAAAACAAAGGAACGUCUUCCUUUGAGUGUACUUCUUAAUCAUCCUCCAAAGUAUGACAGCUUCAAUUAUAAUCGUAUUUCAAAUCCCAUACCGCUGUCAAACUUUGCAAAUGUCAGCAACAGACACACAGUCUAUAAGGCUGUAGAAAUUCCUAUACCGAAUAUCAGCAAGUCAGGCCAGUUAUUUAAUCAGAAGUCAUUCACACCAGCAGUUCAAUUUAAGGAUAUUCAAAUAGAUAAGAAGCCAAUGAUAGAAUUUGAUACCAGCGAGAAUCGUCUCGGCUCGACACUGGCGCCGUCUGAGACAAGCAUAGAUUUCUCAGUGAAGUCAGGGAACAUUGGGAAGGAUCUGGAUUACUACACGAAGAAGCGCACCCAGAAGUAUCCCGGGAACGACAGCCAGGUAGAUACAUUGCAGCACAACAGGGCCCACUCACAACUCUACGCUAUUGGCUCGACACCAGCUGCUGGACCACGUCAGCUAGCCGGUAAUUUCUCAUUUCCCCCCUAUACUCACUCUCAUCCCCAUCCGCAUCAACAGAACUCCCUACCCUCAAGGUAUCCGUCUCCACCCUCUCUACCCUCUGCCCAAUCUGGUGAAUCUAUCGGUCUGCCUGAUGCACGGUCCUAUUCAUUUGAACCCCCGUAUAGUCCUGCACCCCAAACAGGGUUCAGUCACCUCCAUACACCCUCUGUAGACUUGCACUAUCACAAGUCCAGAGCACACCCCAUUGCUACUGCAUAUGAUGUACCUGCCUACACUCACGGCUACGAAGGUGGCACGUUUCCGAGGAAAAAGGAGAACCAGCGAUUUCGUAUACCGUCCAACCCAAGUGUGACCUCGAAGAGCAGCGUGGGGAAACUGUCGACGGGAAGUAUAGAAAGGACAUCCGAGAGAGGCAGUCCAAUGCCGACCUUUCAUGUGGAAGUACUGAGUCCAGGAACGGGAACAGUUAAAGGAAAUAACAAGAGAUCCAGCAUGCCGGAUUAUUGCUACUCCCAGCCGAGGCCAGCACCUGGUGAACUCAGGAGAGUUCACAUAGACAAGUCUGUUGAGCCACUCGGUAUACAGAUUUCCUGUCUCGAGAGUGGUGGCGUCUUCGUCUCCACUGUCAGUGAACACAGUUUGGCCUCCCAGGUUGGUCUCCAGAUUGGCGAUCAACUACUCGAGGUCUGCGGCAUCAACAUGAGAAGCGCCACCUACCAGCUUGCGGCUAACGUUCUGCGCCAGUGUGGUAAUUCUAUUACGAUGCUGGUGCAAUACAGUCCGGACAAAUAUAAUGAACUGGAGGGUUCGGGUUCCUCAAGCUCGUCCGAGGCUGGCGGAGAGGAAGCAGCGAGUCGUAGUGGCUCACCAACACCGUGCAAUAGUCCAGAAGCGCCGAGGAAGACGACGCAACCUUUGGAGACUACUGAACCGGAACGGGACACUUCAGCCACGCUGAGUGUGAUAAGAUCGGACCGAGAAGUCAGGACGUCGGCAUCCCUGGACAUCAGGAAUACUCAGGAACGCGAGAGAGACAUUCGGAAUUCCGCCUCCUUGGAUAUUAAUAUCCGUAAUCCCGAACUGCGGAAAUCAGCUGCCCUGGAUAUUAGAAAUAGUGCCGCUCUGGAUAAUAUCAGGAACUCAGCCACCCUGGAUACUUUACGCGUUGGAAAUAGUACUCUACCCCGUGCUCAGAUGAACCAGGCUGCCAUGACAACGUUGCAGCGACAAAAUGCGACAGUCAGAAGUCCCACUCAGGAGGAGCAACAGCAAAACGGGAAGAGUCCACCUCCUAGUGAACCCAGGUACCUCUUUAUAGAGACCAGAAAGUGCGCUAACCUGGGUAUCUCCCUGGUCGGUGGAAACAGCGUUGGGAUAUUCGUACAUUCAGUUCAACCAGGAUGCCUCGCCGAAGAUGCGGGUCUACGUACAGGAGAUCGUAUCCUGGAGUACAACGGAGUGGAUCUACGUCAAGCGACGGCUGAACAAGCUGCUCUGGAACUAGCUAGACCAGCGGACAAGGUCACGCUGAUAGCACAGCACAUGCCUGAACGGUAUAAGGAAGUCAGGGACAAGCCUGGUGACAGUUUCUACGUGAAAGCUAUGUUUGACCGUGUUGGCGAAGUCAGUGACAGUCUUCAGCUUAGAUUUAACAAGGAUGACGUCCUUUACGUGGACAGCACGAUGUUCAGUGGUACGCCAGGACAUUGGAGAGCCUGGAUCGUGGACCAAGCUGGACGACGACAAAAGUGCGGAGUCAUCCCUAGUAAAUUCAAAGUCGAAGAGGAGCUCCUUCUGCGAAGAUCUCUUGGCGAUUUAGAGACGGAUACUGGAAGACGGGGAACUACUAGUGCCCGGCGAAGCUUCUUCCGCCGUAAGAAGCAUCAACGUUCCUCCAGUAGAGACAGCAAGGAGCUCUCACAACUGACAGGUGUCAAUUUGGGUUGGUACAGUGACAGUGGAACUCUCAACGAAGAAAAUCUUCCUGCAAGUUACCAACGUGUGGAGAGGCUUGACUAUCCAGCAUUGAGACCAGUGCUGAUAAUCGGCCCACUCAGCGAAUGCGUAGUGACUAAACUCCUACAGGAAUUUCCUGAAGAGUUCGUUAGGUGUUUACCGGAAGCAAUGCACUGUUCUCAAGCAACGUUAGAGCAAGGUCUACGAGACUCCCUCUAUGUAGACUACCGAAAGAAAGGCAGCUACUUCGAGUGUACAACAGUACAGGCAGUAAAAGAUAUCUGUGAAAAGACUUCUCACUGUAUCUUGGACAUAUCAAUCGCCUCCAUUGAACGACUUCACAGACAUCGCAUCUAUCCUAUCGUCCUGCUGAUAAAAUUCAAAAGUACAAAGCAGAUAAAGGAAGUGAAGGAUUCAAGAUAUCCCAGCGAUAAAGUCAGUGCAAAGGUAGCCAAGGAGAUGUACGAACAGGCGCUGAAGCUUGAAGCGGAAUACAGACAGUACAUUUCCGCCGUUAUCCCAGCUGGAGUGAACGUGGCGUAUAUAUGCACGCAAGUUAAAGGUGCCGUAGACGACGAGCAAAGUAAAGCGUUAUGGGUGCCUUGCGGGCCACCCUGACAGCACCGGGGGGGCCCCCAUAAGCCACAAUGGAAAUCCAUCUAAAUUCCAUAAGGGGGCCCUUACGCUUUAUUGCGAAUACAACAAAGAGAGAUACAAUUUACCUAGAGUUCAUUGUUAUCGCCUCUGGUAUCCCUAGAAGAAGGGAUAUAACACGAGCGACAGUGUGGAUAAGGAUUCUUUAACGAAUCCAUGUCUCAUCGACUAGGAAAAAGCUCCUUACACUUACAUACACCUUUUAUUUUCACCUUUCGUACUCUUAUUCUUCGUCUUCCUUACUAAUUAUUAUGAAUAUUUACUUUUCGAGCUCACUCGGGUUGUGAUGAUUAUUCGCCCAGGGUUUCGCCGUUCGAUUGUCUCGUGACGCGUUCGCCUACCCUGACACUCGUAUUCGUGCAUAUUACAAGUAUCCAUUACUUGGUACAUGCAUUAUAUAUAUUUAUACACACACAACUCGUUAAAGUAUUGUCACAGGCGUGACGAGAACGCCUUCAUUUCACUGAGGCUCCAAAGUUCCAAGAGAGAAAAGCAAUAACGACAGUACAGGGUUCUUACAAGGAUCUUACAUCAGAUUGAUCGUAAAUAGGAGUAUAUAAGGUAAAAUAGAAUCAGAUCUAUUUUUGAGCUUGCAGGACGAUAAGGAAAGUAAAGGGAAAGAAAAAUAGAGAAGCAUUAUUCAUUAAGACAGCAGUUGUCGCCCACUAGAUAAGUUCGACUAAAGUUAACUCGCUAGACCAAGGAAUUGAAUAAUAAUUAAAAGAAUCGAAAGAAGGAGCAGAUAAAAAAUAGUAAAUGGGAAUUGAAGUUUGAAAGAAAAGGAAACAAAAAAAAUUGGUUCCUCCUUUCGUCUACUGACCAUGCGUCAGAGUGUACCUACACUGGAGGAAAUGACUGCGCAAUUGAUUAUUAAUAUCGAACAAUGACGUAAUUCAUUCGAGUUGUAGAUGGCAGUACGGUAGAAGCGAAUGAAGCAUUACGAGAGGCCCUUUUAGCCUUAUAGUCGUAUGUCAAUAUCGCAAUGACGCCGCAAUCGUCAUGGUGUUCUUUUUUAUCAAAUUUAUAAACGUGAGGAGAGAUUGCGAAAUGGAAUUUUUUAAAUCGCGUAUUCAGUCGGGUGCCUUCCCUUUAUAGCAGGUUGCAUAAUUGAACCUACGUACGCUGAGUUACGUGCGUGUUUGUAUAGAAAAACCUAUUUGGAGGAAAAAAAACGAAAAGAAAACAAGAUAACAAAAUUGAUGUUCAAAAAAAAAAAGAAGAAACUUAAUUAAUACACGUAACCAAUAGUGUGCGAAAAGAAGCGUUUACAGUGAGAACAAAAAAGGAUGAUAAAUGUUAAAAUUUAUUACUAAUCACGUAUGCCGACUCGAGAUCUAGAUGGCUAAGCGACAAGCUUUAAUUAAUUAUCUAUUUAAUUUUCCUUAUCUUUGUCUUUUUUUAAUUAACAGACCCCCCCCAUCGCUCCCUCCCUGUUUUUCUCUCUUGUUUUUUCCUCGGAGCUAUUCCCAUACAGUUUCGCGAUGCUUGAUCGCCGUCUCAUAGGGGAUGAUUACGAGGAUACAGAAAAAGUCGCGUGACCUUAUCUAUCCCUAUCUCUCUGUGUCCUUUAUCGUUAUUAUAAUUCUUUCUCUCUCGUUCUCCUUUUCCUCAAAUCCCCCUCUACCGCCCAUCCUUCCACCCCUUUCCCCUGACAUUCUCACGUAAAAUUUAGUUUUCUAACGAGACAAUAUUUAGGCGUUAAGUAAUCACCGAGACCAAAAAUUAAAGGGAUAUAAUAAUUCAUAAGGGUACGAUUAAAGCUAACGUCUCAUUGGCAGAGUGAGAGCGAGAGUUUAAAAUGAAUAAAGUGGAGACUAGUAGAGAGAAAGAAGAAAAAGAAAAAGGAAAAAUAGAAGGAUAAAAUGAAACGUGAUAUUUUGGCGGGAACGCGGCUCCCGCUUAGCCAAAUAAUAACACAAUCGAAUAUGUAGUACUCCUUUUAAAACUAGAUAUGAGAUAUCAGUGACGAUAUAAUUUUUUUUUUCUUUUUUUCUUUAUCUCUCCCGUGUUACGCAAUAGCCUCGCUCGUUUAACGUGCGACUUUUCUUUGUAAUAACAAAUCGCAAUAGUAAUUCGUUAACACGUGCGAGAUCGCUGCCCGUAAUCUUUUUCCUCUUUUUUUUUUGUUCGUUUGUUUGUUUUAAUUCCAUUUCGUGUAUACGCGCAAUAGUUGGCCGAAGGAAUGACGUUUCCUCGCGUUCGACACACUCUGGACGAUCGCGAGAUAGAAAGGCUAAGAGAGAGAGUUAGGAAAAAGAUAUAUUAUAUACGAAAGAGGAAGGAAAUCGAAUCCAUGAGGAUUAAUAGAAAAAUCGUGAUUUAAUCUAUUAAAAUCAUGGCACACCUGUGAUACGAAUACUGCUUCGUCGGACAUAUCAUCUCUUAAAACAAUCAUAUUAUUGUAUACUCGAAACUUUUCUAAUGCCUGUAAAACACACGCGCGAUGCGCGGGCGUGCGUGUACUGUAAUAUUACUAUAGUAAAAAAGGUACAUUAACUGUGCGCAUAGCAGAGCAUAGUAACGGAUAAUAAGUAUUCAUGUAUUUUUGAUUAAUGAUUAUUAAUCGUCUUUAUCAAUGCACCUUAUAUCGUUGUCGCAAUCUAUCGUCAAGAAUCUACGACACUGAACUCUGACAGCUCUGUAUCUUUAUGUACGACCCUUUAACCAUCCCCGUUAAGACUUUUCUUAUGCAAGAUAUCAAGAAGAUCAGACCAGCUACGCGAUGGAUCCUUAAUCCUUUAAGCACAUUCUUACUGUCGAUUACAAGAGGUACAUGCAUAAGUAUGAUUAAUGUUUAUUGAAAAGAAAUAUAUAUAUAUACGAAAAGCAUCGCUGGUGAUAACGUUUAGCUAAAUCAUGGGAUAGUUGAGAUUUCUCCACUUACACAGUGAUUCAGUAUCUAAAUGCAUUAAAGUGCGUAAAGAAUAAGAAUCGUGACUAAAGCUCAUUAAUUAUAUAUUUCUCUAUUUUCUAUGACGUAUUCAAUAUUUAUAUGUGUUUUGUAAUUCUCAUUGUAUAAAUAUGUCACUACGAUUAUAAUCACCAUCCAUGUCACCGGUUACAUUGACCCUCGCUAUGUAACUCCUCCCCCUAAACUUUUGACAGUAUUUGUAAUUCACUUGUCGGUUAAUUAGCGUCUAAUUGUCAAUGAUCAUUAAGAAUUUCACGUUGUCGGUACAGCUCUAGUUAAACGACUCGUAAUGUUUAGUCAUGACAGUUACUCCGUUUAACAGUGUUCCAUGUGUUCGUGUUUAUAAUUUUUUUUCAAGUGCUGCAGAUAUUUUUUUUCUUAAAUUUACUUUCGCACGGUGAUAGAGGGUGGCUCCAUCUAGAGGAAAUAUGAUCAAGAUGAUAUUGACAGGGUUGGUAGAAAGUUAGAACGGAGUAGAAAAUUGAUCGAUAUAUGCAUAUCAUCACUUUUGUUAGGCUACGUAGUUAAAAGUGUCUUUGAAUAUACGGGAGUGAUGAAUUAAGGGGAAAGAUAUAUGUGCAGGAUUCAUUCGACUUGGAUGUGUUUUUUUUUUUUUAAAUCUGAUAACUAUUUUUCUCUUGGUUAUUUGUCCUUGGUCGUUGUACCUUGCCAUUUGGUUAUUAUUUUUGGAAAUUAAUUAAUCGGGAGUUAGUAUUGCUGGGUCGAUUGAGAUGAGAUGAAAAGUUGAGGUUUUUCGAAUUUUCUAUACCUGCCAUGAGUGCGAGAGAGAUGGUGCUAUCGGGAUUUAUGCGUGUAAAAUAAGGACGAACAUACUGGCAGGCCGAAAUCGGUGGUUAGUCUCUUCAGUAAUCAUUACUUUUACACGCGAAUGUAUAUGAUCGAGAAUCAUAGGUUGUCGACGUGAAAAACAAAGGUUGUCUCGCAGUAACCAUGUAUUGUCAUAUAAAAGCAUAGCCGAGUUGAACAAUCCUGUACAUAUACGGAAGAACAAACAAGCACGAGUAGUAUGUAACGUGGAAUUGGGAUGCACUUUCACGUAGGGAAAAUUAAAGGAAACUGAAUAUGCAUACGUUUGGGAAAUUUAAAUUUGUAUACUAUCAGGUUGGUCAGAAAAAACGUCGAAGGGAAGUCCAUUUAGGGGGUGACUUCCUUUUAAUUGCGGAACUGCGGUAUUGAGUAGGUAGCUCACGCAGCCCAAGACUCCGGUUGAACUUUUGAACCGGAUUAUCCUGUGAUUAAAUUGCAACGUGUUCACGCAGUGCGAUUGGAUUGCGAUUCUUUGUUAUCGAGAUAGACUAUUUUUUUAUAUAAAAUUAUGCGAAAAGCGUGUCCGCCUUUUGCGCGUCUCCUUCGAGAGACGAUUGAUAAAUUCGCCAUUUGUCCCUUGUCUCUCUCACUCGUCGUAUCUGCGUUUAGAAAUGAAAGAGAGAAACUCGAUCGAGAAUGACGGGGUAACGUGAAGGAGUAAAAGCGAUCGUAGUGCGAAUUUGAAUCGUGAAAAUUGAAUGGGAAACAGAGAGAGAGAGAGAGAGAGAGAGAGAGAGAGAGAAAUGAAUAAUUAAGGGGGUUUGGGGGGUAAAUCUAUGUAUGACGAGGGGUGAGUAUGAUAAGUAUGAGAAGUACGAGUGAGUAUGAGGGGAGAUAAUGUAUAUGUAGAUUUGAAAAAUUUUUCUUCGUUUUCUAUUACGAUACGAUGGUAGCUUGUAUUGACUAAUAUACUUUAUUACUAUUUGAAUGAUUAACUAUACAAUAUACAAUUGCUCUACGAGACUACUAUACCGUGAGGGAAUUUGAAAUGAAUUUUUUGAAGGUUUUUUUCCUGCAAUGGUUUUGAUACCAAAUGUUUUAGCACAUAUUUAUAAAUAUUUCUAUUUAUACACAGCUUCGCCAGUGCCACGUGGGCGUACAUGCAUUACAGAAACGAGACACUGUAGCAAUAACAAUGCAUAUCCGUUCACAGGUACAAGGCAUCUACAUGUAUUAUAGUACGGUAUAAUAUUAUGACAUUUGUAAUAUUAUAUAAUAUAUAUGUGACACAUUGAUUGAUAUACGGUAUACAUUACUAUAGGUAUUAUUGUUGACGAUGAUAUACAAUUAUUUUGAGCUAUUACUCAGUUUCAAGAAUGGAUGCCCAAGAAAAGUAUUAACGUUUAACGUUUCGUUAUUGUUUAUAACUAUUUCUUUGUAUAAAAAAAAAAAAAGAAGCGAAAGAA